AUUCCCUCCAGGUCAAGGAUUAAAAACUGCCCAUGCAAGGGUCAGGCCUCCAGCCGACCCUGAAAGCCGAGCUGCCCUGACCCCCGAAGUGAGGAGAAGCUGCAAGGGGAAAAGGGAGGGACAGAUCAGGGAGACCGGGGAAGAAGGAGGAGCAGCCAAGGAGGCUGCUGUCCCCCCACAGAGCAGCUCGGACUCAGCUCCCGGAGCAACCCAGCUGCGGAGGCAACGGCAGUGCUGCUCCUCCAGCAGAGGACGGCAGGCAGGCAGAGAGGCAGAGGUCCUGGGAUUGGGAGGCCUCAGCCCCCAGCCGCUGGGCUGGGCCUGGCCCAAUGGCCUUUAAUGACCUCCUGCAGCAGGUGGGGGGUGUCGGCCGCUUCCAGCAGAUCCAGGUCACCCUGGUGGUCCUCCCCCUGCUCCUGAUGGCUUCUCACAACACUGUGCAGAACUUCACUGCUGCCAUCCCCACCCACCACUGCCGCCCACCUGCCAACGCCAACCUCAGCAAGGAUGGGGGGCUGGAGGCCUGGCUGCCCCGGGACAGGCAGGGGCAGCCUGAGUCCUGCCUCCGCUUCACCUCCCCUCAGUGGGGACCGCCCUUUCCCAAUGGCACAGAAGCCAAUGGCACGGGGGCCACAGAGCCCUGCACCGAUGGCUGGAUCUAUGACAACAGCACCUUCCCAUCUACCAUCGUGACUGAGUGGGACCUCGUGUGCUCUCACAGGGCCUUACGCCAGCUGGCCCAGUCCUUAUACAUGGUGGGGGUGCUGCUCGGAGCCAUGGUGUUCGGCUACCUUGCAGACAGGCUAGGCCGCCGGAAGGUACUGAUCUUGAACUACCUGCAGACAGCUGUGUCAGGGACCUGCGCAGCCUUCGCACCCAACUUCCCCAUCUACUGCGCCUUCCGGCUCCUCUCGGGCAUGUCUCUGGCUGGCAUCGCCCUCAACUGCAUGACACUGAAUGUGGAGUGGAUGCCCAUCCACACGCGGGCCUGCGUGGGCACCUUGAUUGGCUAUGUCUACAGCCUGGGCCAGUUCCUCCUGGCCGGUGUGGCCUAUGCUGUGCCCCACUGGCGCCACCUGCAGCUGCUGAUCUCUGUGCCUUUUUUUGCCUUCUUCAUCUACUCCUGGUUCUUCAUCGAGUCGGCCCGCUGGCACUCCUCCUCCGGGAGGCUGGACCUCACCCUGAGGGCCCUGCAGAGAGUCGCCCGGAUCAAUGGGAAGCGGGAAGAAGGAGCCAAGUUGAGUAUGGAGCAGGUACUCCGGGCCAGUCUGCAGAAGGAGCUGACCAUGGGCAAAGGCCAGGCAUCGGCCAUGGAGCUGCUGCGUUGCCCCACCCUCCGCCACCUCUUCCUCUGCCUCUCCAUGCUGUGGUUUGCCACUAGCUUUGCAUACUAUGGGCUGGUCAUGGACCUGCAGGGCUUUGGAGUCAGCAUCUACCUAAUCCAGGUGAUCUUUGGUGCUGUGGACCUACCUGCCAAGCUUGUGGGCUUCCUUGUCAUCAACUCCCUGGGUCGCCGGCCUGCCCAGAUGGCCGCACUGCUGCUGGCAGGCAUCUGCAUCCUGCUCAAUGGGGUGGUACCCCAGGACCAGUCCGUUAUCCGAACCUCUCUUGCUGUGCUGGGGAAGGGUUGUCUGGCUGCCUCCUUCAACUGCAUCUUCCUGUACACUGGGGAACUGUAUCCCACAAUGAUCCGGCAGACAGGCUUGGGAAUGGGUAGCACCAUGGCCCGAGUGGGCAGCAUCGUGAGCCCACUGGUGAGCAUGACCACCGAGCUCUACCCCUCCGUGCCUCUCUUCAUCUACGGUGCUGUUCCCGUGGCCGCCAGCGCUGUCACUGUCCUCCUGCCAGAGACCCUGGGCCAGCCACUGCCAGACACGGUGCAGGACCUGGAGAGCAGGAAAGGGAAACAGACGCCACAGCAACAAGAGCACCAGAAGUAUAUGGUCCCGCUGCAGGCCUCAGCACAAGAGAAGAAUGGACUCUGAGGACUGAGAAGGGGCCUUACAGAACCCUAAAGGGAGGGAAGGUCCUACAGGUCUCGGGCCACCCACACAAGGAGGAGGAAGAGGAAAUGGUGACCCAAGUCUGGGGGCUGUGGUUCAGGAAAGCACCUUCCCAGGGGUCCACCUCCCUUUAUAAUCCCCACCAAAACCACAUCAUUAAAAGGUUUGACUGCACA